CCUGCAGUCCAAAGGACACACUCACUGUCAUUAGCCACAGAAUGACUCCUCUAUUUGUGGAAUUAUUCCUUAUCCUUUUUUUUGCAUUCCUACAGGCACAUGACUGGUAAACUCCAACAGAACAUGGAAGGGAGUAGCAUUUUCUCAUUUCCCUCCAGCUUUGCUUUGUCAUCAGUUUCGUUUACAGCGAAACAGUAACCUUAAAGGAGUUGUGCAUGCUCUCACAAACAACACAGAGAUCAGAUCCCCGACAGCAGUAGCAGACCAACGCAGGACGAUGAAGAUGUCAGGAAGAGUCACUGGUUGCUGUGUAGCUCUGUUCUUUGCCCUGACCUCUGUGACAGCUGUAGAAAGACUCAAUUCAAUCGAUGAUUUGAAGAGAAUCAACUUUGGCCAAGAUGUGCCCAAGCACAUCCUUGUGCUGCUCUACUGGUUUGCCAACAUAGUUGACAUCGACGUUAAUGAUGACAUACAGCUGACCUUUGACCCAAACAGAGGAGAUUACGGCUCACAUCAUUAUGGCAACUUUGAGAGGAUGCUGGACCCACUGCCUCAGGGAAGCAGAUACAAGUACUACACUGUAGGCAAUAUCCAUCAGGAAACGCCUGUUGAACUUCCAUCCUAUGUCGUUCGUCCCCAAAGGGAGUACAUGGGAAGAAACAUGGACAGGAUCAUCAUUCGUGUCAGGGAGCAGAACGCAGGAUGGGGAGCUUUGCCAAGGAUAGACCAAGUGUAUAUCACACAGCAUCAUGAAAAUCAGAGGACAUAUGAUCCAGAACACACCUACCAGAUCACCACUAACCUCUUGAGACAGAUCAGAGAGUUUUCUGUGGGACAAAACCAACAGCAACUGUUGCGUCUCAGAAACCGCUAUGGGAGUAACGCUGAUGAUUACCAGAUCAGAAACACAUGGGGUGACCUUGCUGGCCUUGGACUGCUGUGUUUUAUCGUCAUCCAAAGAAGGUACUCCUGGACCAAACACAGCUACAGAGAAAAUAACCAGAAUAAUAAUUUGUUGGCCGGUAUCCUUUUAUUACUUUUAUUUAUCUUUGUUCUGGCAUUUUUGAGUCAACCUAGGAAGUAGAUGAAAAGAAAUGACAGAGAGUACUAGAUAGUUAUUGUCAAAACCAAGGUGAGAUGGUAAUGCUUCUCAAGGACAAUGAGGACCACGAAGCCAGCAGGACUCAUAAGCUGACUGAAAACAAGUGAUCAGGCACCUCCUUACCCCUGAGGUCAGGGGUUGCUCUGUUGUUUUGUUGUGUUGUAUGCACUGUUUUAUACCCAUGUUAAAUUUUAUUGUGCACUAUAUUUGCUUUUUGUCUGAAUGGUGUUCAGUUAAAAUCAAGAUAUUAGGCUUGGUACAAUGUGCUUGUGAUGCUUUAAAUCACACAUCUCAAACUGUGUGUUCUGAACGGCUGCGAGUCUGCAGGGUUUCAGUGAUCCAACUUUACUUCAGGCUAGACUCAGUGAUCAGCACAUCUUCCUCACCAAGAGAUGAGGAGGUUAUCAAUUAAUUAAGAUGAUGCAGUAUUUGCUUGGACUGAAAAUCUGCAAACUUUCUGACUUUGAGCUCCAUUCAGGCAUAUGCUUUAAAAAACAAUUUUACCUGUCUGAUUUUUGCUGAGGACCGUACCAAACAAGCCAGCUCCCUCAUGUCUUGAAUAUGAUUUGUAGGCCGGGGCAUCUCUGUAACACCACAUUGCUUCAUUUAUAAUGGUGUAUUGUCACACAUUAUUACACCCUUAUCAAAAAACUGCAGCUCCAGUGAUGUGGAUAUUGCACCUGGCCAUAUUACAAUUUAAGUAAUAUUUUGAUCAAUUGUGCAGCUCCAUCAAACACAGAAAGACCGUUCUAUGUUAUACCAGGAAGGGUGGUCUAAGGAGUUGUGUUUCACCAAAAAUCUGGGCUUUACAAAAUGGCAGCUUUGUGAUAAAGAAGAGGUUUUUUUUCCAAAUUAUUGGAACUGCGCAAUACGGCUUUACGUAUAUAAAAUGCACUGCUAUGGUACGGUUAUAAAGCUCUCCGCUUCAUUGAUCCAACAUUGUCAUGAUGUGAUAUGUCUAAUCUAAUAGUAAUGACUCCCUACUGAUUCAUCAUCUGGCUGAUAGUACAACAGAACGUAAAUUGCUCUGAUUGAUAAAUAAAAAUAGAUGAGGGAAAGGCUCUAUUGUCUGUUUAUAACUGAAAACACACUUUUAAAACAUUAUAAAUGAAGAUUUUAUCAAAGGAGUGUAUUUCCUGUAUGGUUUCCUCUUCUUUCUGUAAUGUCAAAAAAUGUGUUUAAUAAACUAUAAUCUACCAGUUA